UACCAACGUGAAUUAGUGGCGUCGUCCAGCGAUUAUUUUCCAGUUGGAAUUUUUCCGUUUCAGUGUUAGAACGACCUCGUGAGACACAAAACCGACGAAAACUAUCACCGAUAGUUGGAAAUACCCGACUAGUUGCAACAAUUCACAAAAAUGGCGAAGAUAGGUUCUGAUUCAGAAAAAGAUGAUAAAGAUAAGAAAAAAGAACGUGGAAGAGACCGUAAACGAAGAAGUGAGUCUGGUUCAAGCAGCAGUGAUAGUAGUAGAAGUUCUUCCGACAGUAGUUCAUCAAGUUCCCGUUCGUCCAGCAGUUCAAGUUCGGGCAGCAGCUCCCGUUCCAGCAGUUCCUCGUCCGACUCCUCUAGCUCCAGCAGCGACAAGGAGCGCAGCCGCCCCAAACGCCGCUCCCGCUCCACCAGCAAGCCGGUCCGCCGCAGCAAGGAGCGCAAAGAGAAAGAAAAAGACCCCAAGGACAAAGAAAAAGACAAAGACAAGGAAAUAAAAAAAGAAGACAAAGAAGAAGUCAAAGACAAGGAACAAAACAACCGCAAAUCCCCCGUCAAAGACGACAAGAACCACGCCCGCGCCAAGUCGCGCUCGCGUUCGCGCUCCGACCGCCGCAAGAGGCGGCGCCGCUCCCCCACCCCGCGCCCCACCAAGAUCCACAUCGGCCGCCUCACGCGGACCGUCAACAAGGAGCACAUCAUGGAGAUCUUCGGCACGUACGGCCCGAUCAAGCACGUGGACUUUCCUAAAGACCACGUGCACCAGCACCUGGGGCGCGGUUUCUGCUACGUGGAGUUCACCAACGCGGACGACGCGGAGAACGCGAUGAAGCACAUGGACGGGGGGCAGAUCGACGGUCAGGAGAUCACGGCGGCGCCGGUGUUGGUGCCGAAGCCGAGACCGCCGCCGCCGAGGCGCAGUCCGCCGCCGAUGCACAUGCGCCGCCCGCCGCCACACAGGCGCACGCCGCCGCGAUUCAGGAGGCGUAGUCCGAUGCGGCCGAUGAGGCGCAGCCCGCCGAGGAGGAGGCCGCACUCGAGGAGCCCGCCGCCGAGGAGGAGGAAGCACAGCCGCUCGAGCUCGAGCAGUUCGCGAUGAGGGGAGGGGAGAAAGGGAGAAGAGUUUUUUUUUUAAGAUGUAAUGUGUGCUUUAGGGUGUGCUGAUUAAAGAUUUAGUAAAAAUCUG